GGCCACUGCUCUGACUAUGGGAACUGCUUUGGGCUGCUCUGACUGUCCAGGCUGCCUCCCUCCGUGUGUGUUUGUGUGUGUGUGACUGGUCUGUGCAGCUCCGUCUUCCCCCAGCCGCGGUGUUAUCCUCCAUCCUCCAGAGCUGAUCACCGGCCGAAUCCUCCUGUUCUGUCCGGAAUUAUGGAGCUGUCCGCGGCCGGUGACCGCGUGUUUGCCGCCGAGGCCAUCCUGAAACGGCGCGUCCGCAAGGGCCGAAUGGAGUACUUGGUGAAAUGGAAAGGAUGGGCUAUAAAGUACAGCACUUGGGAGCCAGAGGAGAACAUUCUUGAUGACCGCCUUGUCGUAGCUUUUGAACAGAAGGAAAGGGAACAAGAGCUUUAUGGCCCAAAGAAGAGAGGGCCCAAGCCUAAAACACUGCUCCUAAAGUCUAGAGCGCAGACUUCAGACACCCCCCAUAGAGUCCCGGAGUUCAAACACACCCGACCCCAGCCAUCCUCCAAGCCUGCACCACCACCUCUUCCUGCACCUACGUACACACCCACAUGCCCUUCAAAUGCUAAGCUGCAGUCCGGAGCUGCUCAGCCCAAACUGAAGAAGGACAUCCACCGCUGUCAUCGCAUGUCACGGCGACCCUUGCCUCGUUCCGAUCCUCUAUCCCAGUCAGUCGGUCACUCACUCAGCCCCUUCUCAGAGACGGUCCGCAUCCUGAACCGGAAGGUGAAACCACGUGAGGUAAAGAAGGGGCGGGUCAUUUUAAAUCUGAAAAUGAUUGACAAAGCUGGGAGUGGUGGCUCAGCCAAUAACAAAAGGACUCAGAGCACCACCCACCAGUCUCACACCGCUCGCCAGAAGGUUCCUUCUCGAAACAGGGUGAUUGGCAAGAGCAGAAGGUUCGGAGAGGUUUCGUACAGAGGACUGCAGCUUCCUGUAUCUGGUUCUGGAUUUUCAAUGUUCGGAAAAACGUUCAAUUCUCAUCCUAUGGACAAUUCUGGCAAUCAGCCUGCGGUAGAGCACAAAGAGAGUGGUCAGAAAUCAAGCAGUAAAGGCUUGUCUUCACAGUCUUCAUCCCAGAGUUCAAAAGUCGCAACCUCAGACGUUCCUUCAGCACUAAACGAGCCUCCUCCAUCUGCUUCCAGCUCAGAAGUCUCGGAUGGUGAAAGUCAUCCCACAUCUGUAGCGCCAACCAAGUCCCACCAACCUUUAUCAGCUCACGACCACAAGUCAUCCGAGGUAAAUUCUUCUGUUUUACCAACUUCGAAACAGAGCAAUCAGCUUAAAGACUCCCAACCCAAGAAAUCCAACCCAUCGGCAGCCCAAUCUCUCCUGCCUUCAUCUCCAAUGUUCUCCUCCUCAUCAUCGUCAUCAUCCUCGUCUGAGGACAACGAGCACAUCCUUGACCUUUCGGUUCCGCACGGAAGCGACAGGCGAGGCAAGCGGCACUACCAUUUCUGUCGCCAUCGGCAACCCAAGCUUCCCGAGAUUCCCAUAUCUGAGGAAGCUUCGGAGGAAGAGGAACUGGACUGGCAUCCGGAAAUGGCUGCCCAGUGUGCUAACGUGGUUGUCACGGACGUUACGACUAACCUCCUCACAGUCACCAUCAAAGAGUUUUGCCAUCCGCACGGACUACCGCCUUCAUCCUCUUCUCCAUGCUACGCUAAUCAUGUUGCUGCUUCAAAUAAGACCAACCAUAAACCCCAGCCACAAUUUAUUCUCCCUUUUUUAAAGCAUCCAGUCCCCUUUCUUUUUUCUUUUUCUUUUCUUUAUUUUUUAUAUAUCUAUCGCUUUUUUUCAACCGCCACCCUGAAGUUCAUCGUUGUUAUCCUGGCCGCCGGGAUGGUGGCUUUCAUCGGCGCUGUUAUCUGCAUCAUCGCCGCGGUCCACAGCGGCUCUCCAGCGGCUCCCCCGCUCACCCAGAACCGCUCCGCCUCCCCGGCUCCCUUCUCCCCGGGCUCCGUGGCCAGAGCCGGGGCUCUGGACGCUCUCCACGCCACCGAGGCUCCGGGCGGCCCCGAGGCGCCCACCUUCUACGGGCUGACCGGGAGCAUAGGCGGCGCGGGCAGCGAGCAGAGGGUCGUCUACAGCCGCCUGCUGUGCACGCCCGUGCCGCCGGGCCAGUGCGAGCCCAAGGCCGUCCAAGCGGACCAGCAGCAGCAGGAGGACGGGGACGAGGAGUCGGGGUCCCUGCGCGCCGCCGCCGAGGAGCUCCGGCACACCGCGCAGAGGCAGCAGGAGGAGAUCCGGGCUGACCGCAGGACCAUCCGGGAACUGGCAGGGAAGCUGGCGGAGUGCGAGGGUACCGGAGGAGGGGGAGUGGUGCAGGAGGAGAGGGAGCGGGAGAGGGGGAUGAUGGGUGACGAGGGGAGAGCUGGAGGAGCCGUGGAGGAGCUGGAGAGAGCCAUACUGCACAUGAAGGAGAGGAUAGAGAAGCUGGAGUCAGAAAUGGUUCCUUUGGCGAUUCCGUUGACUCACAACCUCACAGAGACGGGACAAAAAAGCGAGAUCAAGGUCCAGAGCACCAGCAAGGGUCAGGGGGCAGCGGUACAGAGGAAAGUGGAGGAUCUGGAGGAAGAGUUGAAGAGAAGGAUGAAGCUGCUGGAGGAGGAGAGGAAAAACCUUCGACAACAGUCUCAGAAACAUCAAGAUCACAUUGACCAAGGCCUGGACGCUAUCCACCAGCGCAUCAGCAGCCUAGAGCAAGCAGGUCUGUCUGAGAACAGGUUUCCAGAAGGUUACAGGCUCUCGUUUCCUGUGAGGAGCAGCUCUAUGUACGCUGUAGUGAAACACACCAUGCCUGCCCUCCACGCCAUCACCGUCUGCAUGUGGCUGAGACCCACGCAGAGCGUCCUGGGAACUGGAUUUUCUUACGCCGUGCCAGAGCAGAGUCAUGAGCUGGUGCUGCAGCAGCUGGUGCACGGCCCCAUAGAGUUUAUCAUCAAUAAUGAGGUGGCGCAGUUCACCCUGAACCUGACAGUAAACGCAUGGCAGCAUGUGUGUGUCAGUUGGAACAGACGAGCUGGAGUGUGGCACGUCUAUCUGGGGGGCAAGCUGAAAGGUGAGGGGAAGGACCUGGCAGUCCGCCACUCCAUCCGGCCUGGAGGAACACUUAUCCUGGGCCAGGAACAGAGUUCCAUGGGUGGGCUUCGCUUUGUGGCCUCGCGGGCUCUGGUGGGAGAGCUCUCUCAGUUUAACCUGUGGGACCGGGUGCUCACUCACGCCGAGCUCUACGCCCUCGCCCACUGCAGCACGGGCAUGCUGGGUAACAUCGUUCCCUGGAACAGCCGCGAGGUGGAGGUGUUCGGUGGAGUCACCAAGCAGCCGGCUGAACACUGCGAUCAUCACGCUAGCGUACGGCAGUGAGGGUCUGCAGGAGGGCAUGUGAUGGUCAUCUUUAGGGUGGGUGAGGCAGAGGCAGGUGAAAGUUGUUUAGUAUCAGUAAGAAGGUUCAUAUGAGAGACAGUCAUCGUUAUCAUCCAUUACGUCUUAAUGGGUUCUCUGAGACGUUUUCUGGGAGCUGAAUGGCUCAAACAUCAACCUGCAGACAGAACUGACGGGCUUUUAUUUGCUUGAAACAUUUAGCUGUUUUGAAAGGAGAUCAGCGCCAUCGGAAAGAAGGAGGGAAUUGACGUCCGCUUUGAAGGUGAUGUCGGCUUUGAUGCGGUGUCCAGAUUCACUUUUCAUCCCAGAUGUUGGAGGUGAACAGUCUAUGGCAGUGCUACACGACACAUUGUUCUCGUUUUACUUUGAACACAUUCACCUAAGGGUCAGAACACUCUUAUAUCAGCCUGUUUAUUUCUCUUAUGGUAUUUUUUGUACUGUAUUUUUUUGUACUGGGUUUUGUUUCAUUAUUUUUUUUGUACAUUUUCCUGUCACUUUUGAUUCUGUGGUGAUGCUGAUGUGAACAAUGCUGAUUCUAACUGGUUAAAUUAGUCCAAUGACUGUAUAUAAGCAUGGACAUCAUACUUAGGGUUCCAUUCCAUUCAGAUUCAGAGAAAUUAAGUCAAAACCAUGGCUGCCAUGUUAUCAAAUUUGCAAUUAAACGUUUAAAAUGUUUGGUAGGGCUGCUCCCCUCUCCCAGACCAAGCGUCUCAGACUUCCUUCAUUGAGUUUAUAGCACUGUCUAAAGACCAGAAGCAAAUGACAAUGGAUUUUCCUACUGCAUAGUCAUUUUUGUGGUGAUGCCAGUGUAAACAAUGCUAAUUCUAACAGCCAUGUUGUCUAAUUUACGAUUAAAUUCACAUACUUAUUUGGUAGGCCUGCUCCCUUCUCCCAGACCAAGCGUCUCAGACUGCCUUCAUUGAGUUUAGAGCACUGCCUAAAGACUAGAAGCAAAUAGGGAUAGAUUUGUCCAUUGCAUAGCCAUUUUUGGGGAUGAUGCUGUUGUAAACUAUCCAGUUUCUAACAGCCAUGGGGUUUAAUUUGCGAUUAAAUUGACUUAAAUAUUUGGUAGGCCUGCUCCCUUCUCCCAGACCAAGUGUCUCAGACUGCCUUCAUUGAGUUUAGAGCACAGCCUAAAUACCAGAAGCAAAUGGGGUUGGAUUUUCCCACUGCAUAACCAUUUUUGUUAGUUUAAUGUUUAAGGUUUUAACAGUAAAAGUGCAGUCAGUGUAUUUAGUUACCAAAUUAUUUAGAUUUCAGUCAAACUGUUUACAAACUGAAGCUACUACAGUCCAGUUUAACCCCCCAGCUACUGCAAGAGGGUCAUUAUGCCCCAGUAAUGAGGAAAAAAAAAGGAAAAAUACUGUAUUAAACAAUAUUUGGAAUCAAGCCCAGAUCAAAAAAAUAAAUUGGUCAAGAGCACUGACCCAGACAUGCAAAUGACAUGCAAACAAUGCAAAUAUUAUGCAGUCCUACUACUAAGUCUCACACUAGGCUAACAACGCUAAUCUGAUCCAGCUAGAUAGCAGCUAAUUAGAUCACAUAGGCCAUUUUAUUCCAAGAAAAAUGCAUUACUGAGAAAAAUGCAAAGUACUCAUUUUUUAUAUACAGUCAUUGGUCAAGUCAUGUUUUGUGAUUAGCAUAUAUGUUUACUUUUUUGUGAAUGGUACAGAGAUCUUUCAUGGCAUCAUGAUGCCCUUUUAUUUUAAUUUAUUUGAUAAUUUUAGUAUUCAUAAAUAAUGGUAUAGAUGAGCAAUACUAUGCACACAAUACUUACAGUUCUGGCUGCUUAUAAUGGGAAAUACUUUCUGAGCCCAGUGAAAAACACUGUCCUACUGAAAAAGCCAGAAGAUUUCACAAAAUCUCUUUAAGCUGUUAAAAUGAAUUGACUUUUUAAAUAUAGUUAUUUAUUUAUUUGUUUAUUUAAUUAUUUAUUGCCAAAUGUCCUUCUCAAACAUUCCACAUGCCCACAAAUAUAGUGUUCCAUUGCAUCUCAUUGUUGAUGAAUGUGACUGAAUAUACAUUCCAGCUCUGCUAUUACUUACUAAAGACUGUGAAUUAUGUGUAUCAUACAGUACAGCACACUGAAUAUACAGUACGUGUAUCAUAUAUUAUAUCUAAUGUCUUGUAUAUUUAUCAGAGUGUUUGAAUGUAUUGAAUUGAGGAUGCUGUACACAAGCACAGGUCUAAAGCCACAAUUUUAACCACAAACACCAGCACGGACUGGACCAGCCGCACCAACCAUGCCAAUGCUGCACCUUUGGGGGUGUAGGCAUGUUUGUGGCAACUACAGAAAAACGCCAAGAAGAUACUAGAAGUUUUGCACAUUAAUGUGAGUGAUAUAUGAAAUGGCAUGCAAUAUUAUAACGCAAGGGUGAGAUGUGAUAAAUGAACGGAAAUUAUCUGAGAUUGUCUGAUUGAGUGACUGAUUGAUUGAUUGAUUAAUUGACUGAUUGAUUGAUGGAUUGACUGAUUGAUUGUCCAGUUACUUCACUGAUUCUCUCUUCUGGAGCUCAUUGAUGUCCAGCACAAUUGCUGUUGUUAAUGUGAUGCCUGUUAUUUGUGCAAUUUGCACUUGUGUGGUCACUGUGCUGUCAUAUUCUUGAUGUGUACAUAAGUAAUAACUUAUAUUCAAAGAAAUAAAAACAUGUUGGUUUGCUGGUU